AAAAGUACAAAAUAUGUGAACGCCCGAGGGAUAAAGUGAUUGUCUGCAAUGGGCGAUCUGUUAAAGGGAUACCUACACGUAAAAUGCUCUGGACAAACCAGGCUAACAAGAAAGUUGGCCUGGAGGAAGAGGUGGCUGGUGAUGGAGUUCCCCUGGCGGGAGGAGAGGGAGGGGGAGGAGGAGGAGAUCAGGGAUGGGAGAGGGGAGAGGGAGGGGGUAGCUAGUGUCCUGGUUAGAAUAUAUACAUCUCAUGUUCACGAAAACAGAGGUCCUGCAGUACAGUGUAUACAGGUUCUUGAGAUACAUGCGUUACAUAGAAUACAAUCCAGAUCUCAACCGUAUGCAUUUUCUGUUGAUGGUAGUUCAGGAGAGCUGAUAGCUGCUGGUAGCUCUGAGACUGAAAGCCAGGAUUGGAUCAGGAGUAUCAGAUCCAGGAUCUGGAAACCUAGAUUAGUUUCAUGUCCUCCAGGUGUCCAGGUUUCUUUGAUAGACAAUAUUCACAGUGAUGUUGCCAGGCUUAGAGGGUUCUACGGAGAACUUCAUUUAGAUAGGGAGGAUGGAGAUAUAGUUCUUGUAGAGGAAAGAUCAGGAGCUGAGCAGGUUCGAUGGUGCCUGUACAGUGUACACCGUGUAUUCUGUCCUAAAACUAUCUGCAAGAAAGACAGGGACAAAAUACUGGUUAUUAUUACAAAAAGACGGAGUAAAUCUAUUGGACAAGGAGUAUUCACGUUCUACUCCGAGGAUGCCAAGAAUAUUCAUCUUAAUAUACAUAGUUCCAUUAAACUAAACAGUGAUAAGAAGAAACAAACAGGAACAAGAGCAAAACUAAAUCCUCUCUCCUUCUUGUUCAAGAACGGAGACGGAGGAGGGAAGAACGUUUCUCCGGCUAAACCGGAGAAACAGGAUAGAGGACGGAGAAAGGUUUUGGAGAAGAGUAAAAGUAUGAUGGAUAGAUUUGAACCUAUUGAAACUGGUGAUUUUGUGGAUACACACAUUCCCUGUGAUAUGAGAAGGGUUGAGGAGUCACCCUCCCCGCCCCCCUUCCCCUCCCCUCCAGAUGACCAACCUAUCUCCAACCUGCUUCAGGAAGGGCACUACUAUAGGUUUGACAAGGAGCAGAAGUAUGAUCCUAUUCAGGUUGACGAGGAGAAGGUUGAUGAUGCUCUUGUUAAACUCCAGAAUAUUGAAAGAUCUCUCCUCCAGCUGAGCCAGCAAACCAACCUCCAGCCUCAAGAUAUCCGCAGCUCAUACAUCUCCGUAGACUCCGGUAGAUCUUCGGAUACAUAUGCAGAAACCUCUGCGUCCUCUGUAGCCUCAUCAUCAACAAACCAUUCGAACCGUCUCAACUCUAACGCCUCGAACUGCUCAGCUGACUCUGGGACGGAUCUGAUGGGUUUACAGGAUAAAGAUCCUGGAAGAAGACAGAGUAUGGAGCAGGAUCCUUGUAUCCGUCCUGCUCCGGUAGGAGCUGCAGUACAGCAGGAUAUAUAUGGUUGUAUGAAGAGGGUUUACGUCAAGGAGAAACCUACUCCGGAACCUCUCUACGCUAGAUGUGUAGGACCUAGAGAAAGGAUGGAGAGAAGACAAGAUCUGUCUUCAUCUCCUUUCCGUCCUCCUCCCCCUCCCGUACCAACCAGAUUCGCAACAAUCAGAAAGUCCUUGACUCUUCCACACAAUAUCUCCAGUAUAGCAGGAUACCAGAACAGGGACGGAUUGAGCCAGGAUGAAGAGAGGAUUGAGAAGAUUGAGCAAAGUUAUAGGCUUGAGCAAACUAAAGAACCUCAAUAUGCUACAUUUAACAGGACGGAUCUAAAGACGGAUGACUCCAAGUACUGGAGAACUUCAGUAGGACGGAUAGACCAGGAUGAGGAGAAGAGAAGUGAACCACAAUCUAGACCAGGCUCACUCAGAUUAGAAUCUAGGUUUCAGCGAACUGUAUCUGUAGAAGAGCCGAGAAGAACAAGUUCUACGAUGAAGAACAGGAAGGUUGAGAGGAUGAAAGGAGAAGGAUCAGAUCUAUAUUCAGCUCCUAGUACUCCUAUGGGUACCAUGAGGUGGGUUAACACUGGAGGAACACAUCCCGAGGAAACUAGUAGAAAUAAUGAGAAUAAGAAUCCUGCACUGUUUAACUCUACACCAGAGAAUCUGGACAGUAGUUUUCUACCCGGAGAAUUCUAUUCAGGAAUACAGCAGACGCCAUGA